UUACAUCCCGCUGCUCAUUUUUCUAACUGUACUUUUAUUGAUUCCCUUGCAAAUAAAUUAAUAAAAAGUAAACUAAAUAAAUACUUUCGUUUAUAUUGUAAAUGAACAUAUUAACUUAACACCAUAUUAGCUUUGUUUAUUUAAUCUUUUUAAGUUAGUUGAUUUCACAUUUUUCUAGGGUUACUUGAAACCCAAGGAUAAAAAUGGCAUGCUGUCAUUGCUAACUAUCAGACAUAAACAGUACAGAAAAUUAUAAGCUAGCAAGUCAAUAUGCCAAACUUUGGGGUCAGUGAAGAUGGACCGCCUGGGUUUUCGUUAACCAAGGCAGUGGAGAAUGUGAGUCAACAUGGCUAUACCCAGAAAGAGGCCCUGAAAGAGAAACAGAGGACACUCAGUACCCUGCAGGCAACUCUGUCAGAGCUUGAGAGGAAAAACGAGGGCAUAGACAAGGACCUGAGAUCAAAAGUGAGAGAAAUCCUAGUGCUGGAAAGUGAGAUGGAGCAGCUGGAGCAGCAGACCAAACUCCUUCAUGAUCGCUGUGUAUCCAUCAGCAAGGAAAACACAGAACUCCAGAUUCUGAUAGGUGAGGAGGAGGAGGUUGCACUAGUGGCGCUUGCAGGGUUCAACGCUUACCGAAGUAAGAUGGAAGGCCACAGGGCAGCUGUUUUGCAUGCAGUGAGCCAGACAAAGGCCCAUAACGAGCUGAAGGAGAAGAAAGAACUAGUACAGAUGCUGAGAAAGCAAAACGAGGAGCUGAAGGAAGAUUUGAACAAUCCAAAUGGAAACACAGUGCAGAUGGCAAAGAGAGAGAUUAAAGCUCUGAAAGAGGAGGUCUCCCUGAAGAUGAAGACCAUAUCUGAGAAGAGACAGCGGCUCCAAAAAGAGUCUGAGAUUCAUGCCCAAAUAAAGAAAGACAUAGAGAUCCAGAACAGGCGCUAUGAAGCCAUCAUGAAGCGCCUACGCUGCCAGCUGAGCAGGGCACAAGCCAACCACAGGCAAAUGUCUGAUGAUAUCUACCACAUGAGGAGACAGCUAGCCGAGCUCAGGAGUCAGCAACAGUCAUCACAACCAUAAGCAGUCAGUGGUCAUCGAACUGUAUUGUCAGAUUAAUGUGGGUUAAUUGUUCUGUUAUUGAGAUAAAUGUACACCAGUUGUUAUUAUGAGUGUGUUAGUUUAACAAGGAAGGAGCAUUCUUGUUACUGAAGUUAAACAACAGGGGGCAGCCGUGACCACUGAAUGCCUGACUUUAUCUGUUUGGCUUUCUUGCUUUAUGCCAGAUAUUUAUACAAGAGUUAUUGCUGAAUGUGUUCCUUGACAUGUGCAAGUUUUCUUUUCUUGUUUUUUCCCUUUUCUCAAAUGAAAAGCAUAAAUAUGGAAAUGAAA